AUGCUAGAAUCCGCAGCUCCCAAGCCCCAGCCCGAGGUCAACGUGGUGACUUCGGGGUCCCAGCCUGAGGUCAACCUGGAGACCUCGGGGUCCCAGCCCGAGGUCAGAAUGGCGACCUUGGGGCCCCAGCCUGAGGUCAGCGUGGCGACCUCGGGGCCCCAGCCCGAGAUUAUUGUAUAUGAUGAAGAGUGCUUCCAGGGUCGCCAUCAUGAGUUCACCUCUGAGUGUUGGAAUGUUAUGGAUUUUGGCUUUGAGAGUGUCCGCUCUCUGAGGGUAGAAAGUGGAGCGUGGGUGGGCUAUGAGCAUCCCUCUUUUCAGGGCCAGCAGUUUGUGCUUGAGCGUGGUGAAUACCCUCAAUGUGAUGCCUUUGGAGGAAGCAAUGCUUACCAUAUUGAGAGGAUGACCUCCUUCAGGCCCAUCUCUUGCAUUAACCACAGGGAGAGCAGGAUGACAAUCUAUGAGAGGGAGAACUACCUGGGCCGCAAGGGGGAGCUAAAUGAUGACUACCCCUCAUUGCAGGCAAUGGGCUGGUGCCAUAAUGAAGUAGGCUCCAUGCGCAUCCACUCUGGAGCGUUUGUUUGUUACCAGUACCCUGGCUACCGUGGAUAUCAGUACAUCAUGGAAUGUGACUGCCAUGCAGGCGAGUACAAACAUUUCAGGGAGUUUGGGUCCCACUGUCAGACUCCUCAGAUCCAGUCCAUCCGCCGCAUCCAGCAGUAACCUGACCAUUCUCUGCCAACUUAUCCCACAAAAAAUCUUUAUUCCCUAUUGAUCUGUGCUGAAAUAAAUUGUCUUUCUUAGA